AGUAGUAGUAGUAGUAGUAGUAGUAGUAGUAGUAGUAGUAGUAGUAGUAGUAGUAGUAGUAGUAGUAGUAGUAGUAGUAGUAGUAGUAGUAGUAGUAGUAGUAGUAGUAGUAGUAGUAGUAGUAGUAGUAGUAGUAGUAGUAGUAGUAGUAGUAGUAGUAGUAGUAGUAGUAGUAGUAGUAGUAGUAGUAGUAGUAGUAGUAGUAGUAGUAGUAGUAGUAGUAGUAGUAGUAGUAGUAGUAGUAGUAGUAGUAGUAGUAGUAGUAGUAGUAGUAGUAGUAGUAGUAGUAGUAGUAGUAGUAGUAGUAGUAGUAGUAGUAGUAGUAGUAGUAGUAGUAGUAGUAGUAGUAGUAGUAGUAGUAGUAGUAGUAGUAGUAGUAGUAGUAGUAGUAGUAGUAGUAGUAGUAGUAGUAGUAGUAGUAGUAGUAGUAGUAGUAGUAGUAGUAGUAGUAGUAGUAGUAGUAGUAGUAGUAGUAGUAGUAGUAGUAGUAGUAGUAGUAGUAGUAGUAGUAGUAGUAGUAGUAGUAGUAGUAGUAGUAGUAGUAGUAGUAGUAGUAGUAGUAGUAGUAGUAGUAGUAGUAGUAGUAGUAGUAGUAGUAGUAGUAGUAGUAGUAGUAGUAGUAGUAGUAGUAGUAGUAGUAGUAGUAGUAGUAGUAGUAGUAGUAGUAGUAGUAGUAGUAGUAGUAGUAGUAGUAGUAGUAGUAGUAGUAGUAGUAGUAGUAGUAGUAGUAGUAGUAGUAGUAGUAGUAGUAGUAGUAGUAGUAGUAGUAGUAGUAGUAGUAGUAGUAGUAGUAGUAGUAGUAGUAGUAGUAGUAGUAGUAGUAGUAGUAGUAGUAGUAGUAGUAGUAGUAGUAGUAGUAGUAGUAGUAGUAGUAGUAGUAGUAGUAGUAGUAGUAGUAGUAGUAGUAGUAGUAGUAGUAGUAGUAGUAGUAGUAGUAGUAGUAGUAGUAGUAGUAGUAGUAGUAGUAGUAGUAGUAGUAGUAGUAGUAGUAGUAGUAGUAGUAGUAGUAGUAGUAGUAGUAGUAGUAGUAGUAGUAGUAGUAGUAGUAGUAGUAGUAGUAGUAGUAGUAGUAGUAGUAGUAGUAGUAGUAGUAGUAGUAGUAGUAGUAGUAGUAGUAGUAGUAGUAGUAGUAGUAGUAGUAGUAGUAGUAGUAGUAGUAGUAGUAGUAGUAGUAGUAGUAGUAGUAGUAGUAGUAGU